AACAGGCUCAUUGAGGUGACUGGACAUGUGAGCAGCGAAAUGCUUACGCACUGACAAACGUGGUGUAGCUCACAUCUGUUGAUGGUGCUGAGGAGUGUGUGACGAGUGUGGUUUGUCGUGUGUGUGGUUUGUGUUCUAUGUGGUUCCCAGUGCACCGUGAGUGGUAGCAGCAGAGUGAGCAUCAGAAGACGACCUAGGAGGAUUCCAGGACCCCGCCAUGCGAGGUGCCUGUGAAGGUUGAUGCUGCCUACCUCCUGCACACCUACCUGCCGCCCCAGGAGGAUGUCUGGGGAGAGUUACACCCGUUGGCGCUCUAACCCCGACGAAGACGAAGAUGAAGACAUCCCGGAGGCUGGAGGUGGUCACCGCGGGGCAGGAGCUGUCACCAUCAUCACCUCCUCCAGAAGCAGACCCUCUAAGCCUCUCUCCCCGGCGGGACAAGCCAGGCUAGUCUGCAUCCUGGUGUUACUGUUGCUGGUGUGCCUGGUGUGUGUGGGCGUGGGCGUGUGUGUAGGCCUGGCGUGGGGCUACUCCAGGAACAUCAUCCACCACGCCAUCGACCACGUCAUCCCUGCGCCUUCAUCCAACCACAUCCGCGCCUCCUCACGCCUUAUACCCAACCUUCAGUCUAACAUCAUCCAAGACUAUGCAAGGAAACUAUCGCAGAUGCCGAAGAAGCUGCUGGCAUCAUACGUGGAGAGUGUAUGGCAAGCCCAGGGUCUCCACACCACCAACACCACCUUCCGUGUCCAGCUCUCCAAGCCUGAUGUGGACCGACCCAACACCGUCCAAGUGACAUACAGUGAUGGUCGUCAGGAGAUCAUUAACUCCCUCCCUCAAGAACUCGAUCCUAUCCCCUUCAGCGCCUACAGCCCGGCUGGGAGGGUGACUGGAGGGUUAGUGUAUGCUCACUACGGACGCAGGAACGACCUCGUCACUCUCCAAGCACAAAAGGUCACUCUGGAGGAUGCCAUCUUCCUCGUCAGGCACGGCAAAAUCCACAACGGUGCCAAGAUACACAACGCGGAACAGGCUGGAGCCGGGGGAGUCAUUCUGUACCCAGAUCCUGCAGAUAUGCGGGACGGUCAGGGCAACAGGGCACCAUACCCUAAUGGUACGGGCCUACCAGACGAUGGUAUCAUCUGGGAUACCCUCAGUACCUUCCCUGGUGACCCUGCCACGCCCUUCCUACCCUCCCUCGAGUAUAUUUACAGAAGUGGGCGAUCAUCUCAGCCACUGCCAAGGAUCCCUGUCCACACUAUCAGCUGGAGGGACGCGCAGCGGAUGCUGGCACUGUUGGGCGGCCCUGAGGUGCCACAGGAGUGGCGUGGUAAGAGCCAGCAGCUGGGGUAUCGCCUGGGGGGGUCGUGGACCCCUGAGAGCGACGUUAUCAACCUCACACUCACCGUCAACAACAUUAUUUAUCAAGACACCAUCACCAACAUCCACGCAACACUACCUGCUGCUGAUGACUCCAAGAUGGUGAUGGUAGGGUGCCACUAUGGGUCCCUGCAGAGCGACCCUGGGGCAGGUCUAGGAUCCCUGCUGGCCCUGAGCGACGCCCUAGCUAAGACCUUCCUGCCUGAGGGUACACAGAGAAAGUUGGUGUUUUCCGCUUGGGCCGCCUCGCACCACGGUAUUGUCGGCUCCACCGAGUUCACGCAGCUGUACUCGUGGUGGUUGGAUACAGGAAUGAUGGCGUAUCUGAGCAUUGACGAGAUGUUGCAAGGGAUAGGUACAAUGCGGGUGAUGGCGUCUCCUGCCCUCCGUCAGGCAAUCAGAGAAGCGGCCUCCCACGUCUCUUGGCCCCUGGGAGAGGCUGUCAGCGUCCGUGAUGGCUGGAGACUCUCAGAUCCACUGGGAGAAAGUAACGUCCACUUCAGUAGUCUGGGCUCCGGCAGUGACUUCGCCAGCUUCACGGCUCAGCGGGGCAUCCCUUCAGCUCACUUUAUGGUCAUGGGUGAGAACUGGAAGAAGACGUACUCCCUCCAGCACUCGCAGUACGACACCUUCCAGGCGUACAACCAGCUCCUGGACCCUGGCUUCAAAUGGACUCACAUGCUAACGAGCCUGGUGGGGGUGACCACACUGGUGCUGAGUGAGAGUGACCUGCCACCAGUCAUCCUGAAUGAGCUGAGCGGUGAACUGUACAAUGGUUGGCAGCAGUUCCUCGACCUCCACUCCUCAGCACUCCACAAAUCUGGUUACAAUUUUACCUCCAUCGUCGGUGCCAUCGAGAAGGAAUUAAUUACCCUCAACAACAUGCUGACAGAACUGGACAGAUGGUACCACACUCGUCCCUAUUACAUGCAUCCCUACCCUCAACCCUUCCCAGGACCUGCCCACUUCAGGCAGGUGGAGCAGAGGUUGAGAUGGCUGACUAACCUGGAACGAGGUCUGUUAGGUCCCCGUGGCGUAGGUCGUACCUUCACUACUCACCUAAUGAUAGGAGCUGAUCCCGAGGACCCUUAUCGCGCCAUCCACUACCCACACGCCGUGCAAGCCAUCACACACGCCCUCCUGCAGGAGACGCCCUGGGAGAGCGUGCACCAGGAACUCUCCUAUAUCCUGGCGGCUCUCACCUCCUACAGGCAGCUCUUCCCAACCAACCUGCCUGCAGAAUCGCAGGAUGAAGCUACGGGAUCCACAGAACCACAGGUGUAAUAAGAAUCGCUUAGCUUAACAUUUCUCAUGAAGUAAUUCAUCGUUCUGGGUCUUGAUUGUAGCACCAAUGGAGAAGUUCUUAACUUACAGGGAGUCAUACAGCACUUUGUAAUAGAAGGAAAUCUGGUUUAAUGGAAGAGAGUAGCCUAAAUUCUUUUGGAUCAAAAGUCCUUCAGCGAUAUCAAGGUGUCCCUCAUAAAGGACAUUCUUUUAGUUGAUCACUGGGAUAAGGUUUAAAUAGUAUGUCAAGAAGAAUGUGUGGGAUCAGAGCGCUUCAAGAAAGGUCGAGUUUUCGUAUAGAUACGUGAAGACAAUUCAUAAACGACACCUUCAGUUGAUAAUAUACAAAACGUAUGAAAAAGGUGAUGGGAAAUGUAAUGUGGUGUUCGGUAGCCUUAUGAAAACAAAUGGCGUUUAUGAUUUGCUAUAAAUCCAGUAUCUGGAACCAUCUUAAAAAGAAUCUGUUUAUGUGGCAGUCGUUUGCUGACGAAUAAACCACGACGACUACCGCCAUUUUACUAUGAGGUGUCGUUUGUGUUUGAAAUAUUAUGGGAAACCCAGCUGGGAAACCCUCGUGUAGUCGACAGGUUAUUUAAACCCCAUUAACUAAGUAAUCUAGCUAGUGUAGACCGGACGAUGCUUAACCUCUGAACGGGUCAUCCGACGCUAACCUACGUCAGGAGAUUCAGUGACACUAAUACUGUACCAGGGUCGUAGCAACAUUAUUAGGAUCUGGAUAAUUAGGUUAUAAAAAGAGGCACAAACCAGAGUCAGUCAAGUCGGUAAGUCAGAAGGUUGCACUAGAUGUUUGCUAGUUAUCAACAGCUAAUAUGUUAGUUGAACUAGAUGUCAAGUAUACUAGACGUCAAUGGAGUUUCUGAGUGCCAGUGACGUAAUAGGUAGAGGCAGGCACAGUGCCAGGUCUGUAUGUCUAGAUUAUAAAAGAUAACACCUAUGUAUGUUAAUUAGAAGUACCUGUUGCAAACAUAACGGUGUUAAUUAGCGUGGCACUUGAAGCACUGUAAGCAGAGGAAAGAAGAAAGUACCAGGAGACACUUGUCCUCUUUGUUUCCUCAGGAACAAAACACCAUCGUCAUUUAAGAAACAAACCGUAUUUGAGAUGUAAGUCACUGUAUGUCCCGCAAGUGACCAGAGACUUACCAUACUCUUCCCCCCUGUUAAGGCUGAGGGACUAAAACCCACAAAAUUACUUCUACUCUCUCCAGUGUUAUAUUAGACUGUAUUCGACCGAAGAAGCCUGCUAUGUAGGCGCAAGACUUAGGUAAUAAAGAAACACGAAUGUUG